GUAAUGACAUUUCUCGCGCGCUUGUACACAUUACAACAACAAACAAUUUGCUACAACAAAGUAAAAAGUCAAAACAAGAAAUAAAAUCACCAAAAAAAUAUAUAAGAACGUAGAAAAAAGUGUUGGAAAUAUUGCUCUGGUUCAACAAUAAAAUACAGUGUAAUUAUUAUUUUGUUACAAAUUAAAUAAAAAGUAAAACAAACUAAUUAAAAUGUGUGCAGAUUAUUUAUAAGAAAAAUUUCCACGGAAUAUCCAAAACGAAAAUAUGCAUUUAAAUAAAAUAAUUUUAAUUUUAAAACAUACAAGCAAAUAGUUAUGUAAUAAAAUUAUCAUAACGACAAAUAAAUGCAUUUAUAAGGACAGACCUCUCUCUUAAUCUACACAACAGCAUCAAGAAGAAAAUAAUGCAAUAAACAAUUAAAUAGAAAUAUUAAUAAAAACUCGAAAGGCUUUAGAAACAGAUAUAUACGAACAUUUGUAUCAAUAAAAACCUGUAACAAUUGAAAACCUGAACAAACUCCUUCUAAAGGACUUGCUAAACAUAAAUAUAUAAAUUAAAAUGAAAAUAUAAAAAAACAUCUCUCAGGAUAAAAUUAAAAAGCUAAACAUUCCAUCUUUAUUAAAGAACAUAAAUUAAUAUAAAAACAAAUAGAAAAAAGUAUUUAAAAUACCUGAUUAAAUCAACACAUAAAUCUCAAGCAACUCAAUUUUUUAAACAAAGAAAAUCAUAACUAAGGAAAGGAUCUCAAACUACUUAAAGUCUCAUUAAUUAAUUGUUAAAAAUUUAUCAAGCAAAAGGUUUCACUUCCAAAGACACAACUAGUGCAUCUCUGAAAAGAGAAAACAACUUUAAACCCAUAUUAACAGAAGAAAGGAACCGCUUAAAGAAAGUUUAAAAAAAGUGAAAAAAAAACUUAUCUUUAGUUUUGAAGGUCAAUAUAGAAAAUUGUAUAAAUUAAAAAUUUUAAAUAACCUACAAUAAAAACAGACGAAUAAAACUUGAAAUUUGGCCAAAAAAAUAAAAAUAAAUGCUAACGAACGAUUACCGGCAAGGCGUGUACGUGGGAAAGAAAAAGUAAUCAUGUCAAAAGUUCAAUAUUAAUGCAAAGUAAUAAGACAUAAACACGAAAAAGUAACAAACAUUUACGAAAACUAAGAAAAAAAAAAUAAAACAGAACAAAAACCCCCCCAAAAAAAAGAAGCUAAGAAAAAAAACUACAGGAAAAAUCUGUAUCCUACAAUAUGACGGCUACAGUUAUACAUACAAAUGGUAUAAACAAUAAUAAUGGCCAAACCAGCAGUAGCAAUGGCAAUAGCGCCACAGGCGGCAGCAGCAGUAAUGCAACGUCCUUUACUACAGCUCGUGAAAUAAACACUUCAUACUCUUCUACAACAACCGUCUCUGCCUCAAAUUCUGCCCCUAACGUCUCUUCGGCCAACAGCACCUCGAACAACUUUAAAACCUCAAACACGUUGAAACAUUUCGCUCCCUCUUCCUCGAACACCUUUUCGUUUACAUCGACAAAUCUCUUUCAAUUACUUUCCAUCUUUUGCCUGUGUUUAUUGUCCUAUUACAAUUCAACACAAUGCGGUCUAGUCUUUGAUGAUAUCAGCGCCAUACGAGAUAACAAGGAUUUGAGACCAACGACUCCGCUAAAAAACAUAUUUCUCAAUGACUUUUGGGGAACGCCGAUGCGCAAAGAACACUCUCACAAAUCAUAUCGUCCCCUGACUGUACUCACGUUUCGUUUUAAUUACUGGCUGCAUGAAUUGGAAUCAUAUGGUUAUCAUGCCAUUAAUGUUGUACUGCAUCUUGCAGUCUGUCUGCUAUGGAAACGUGUCAGUCGCCUCUUGGUUUUGCAAUGCACUCAACGCGAAAGUCUGGCUGUAAAAUGCUCAUUCUUCAGCACUCUGCUGUUUGCAGUACAUCCCAUACACACAGAAGCUGUUACUGGUGUAGUGGGACGUGCUGAAUUGUUGUCAUCACUCUUCUUUCUCGGUGCAUUUCUCGCCUACUCCCGGGCUGUUAGUAGCAGCUUGAAUGCUGCAAAAAAAUCCCAAAAACUUAAAACGCAAUGGUUUCAAUUGUGCAUCAAUUUUAGUUUGUGUUUAUUAGCAUCGAUGCUGUGCAAAGAACAAGGCAUAACUAUCGCUGGCAUUUGUGUAGCCUACGAACUGUUCGUGGUGCAAACUAUACAUCCAUUGCAAUUGUGGCAUACACUGUUAAAUCUCUUUGAGGAAAAACCAGCAUCAUCAAAUCAAACACCGUCACCAACAAAUAAAGCAGCCAUCUCAAAACUAUUACAAGCCAGUGCAACUUCAACUGUCGUGGGUGCAUCAUCAGCAUCAUCAUCGUCGGGAUUAUUAACGUUGAAAAUAUCAGCUAGCAGUAGAUUUACAACUCCUAUACAAUGGUCAUCGUCUCUAUUGAAACGUUUAGGAUUUUUAAUUUUCAUCACUGUCUGCCUGUUAGUAGGUCGAGUCUAUGUUAUGGGCUCUCAAUUGCCGGUAUUUACACGUUUCGAUAAUCCAGCAUCUGCCGCUGAAUCUCCGGCCCGUCAGCUAACCUACAGUUAUUUAAUUUAUUUAAAUUCUUGGCUACUCUUAUUUCCCUGUGAUUUAUGUUGCGACUGGACUAUGGGUACUGUUCCUGUAAUUGAAGGUUUCAUGGAUACACGCAACAUUGCAACAUUAAUAACAUUUGGCAUAUUAGCUGCUUUAGUGGUAAAAGCUUGCAUUAGUCAAAGUCUUCAGUAUUCACGUAUGCUAAUCAUGUGUCUAGCUUGGAUUGUUUUACCAUUUUUGCCGGCCUCAAAUCUAUUCUUUCCCGUGGGUUUCGUAGUGGCUGAACGUAUUUUGUAUAUGCCCUCAAUGGGUUUUUGUCUUCUUAUUGCAUAUGGCUUUGAAAGAAUUCGGGAAGUGAGUGGCAAGAAAAUGAAAUAUUUAUUAAAUAUUGCCCUGCUAGUGUUAUUGCUGACACACGCCAUUAAAAGCUAUAAAAGAAAUAAUGAUUGGAAGAAUGAGUAUACUUUGUUUAUGAGCGGAGUUCAUGUUAAUGAUCGCAAUGCUAAGCUAUUCAAUAAUGUGGGACAUGCAUUGGAAAAUGAGGGACGCUUUGAAGAAGCUUUGGCUUAUUUCCGUCAGGCGGUGCUAAUACAACCUGAUGAUAUAGGGGCGCAUAUUAAUGUGGGUAGAACUUAUAAUAAUCUAAAAAUGUAUGCUGAAGCGGAGAAGGCAUAUUUAAAGGCGAAAUCUUUGUUUCCACGCAUAAAACCUGGUGAAAGCUAUCAGGCUCGCAUAGCUCCCAAUCAUUUAAAUGUUUUUAUUAAUCUGGCGAAUUUAAUAGCUCGUAAUCAGACCCGUUUGGAGGAAGCUGAUUUCCUUUAUCGUCAGGCUAUUAGCAUGAGAGCAGAUUAUGUACAGGCCUAUAUAAAUCGUGGAGAUAUACUCAUGAAAUUAAAUCGCACUGCCCAGGCCCAAGAGGUGUACGAGAAAGCUUUGCUUUAUGAUAGUGAAAAUGCUGAUAUUUAUUACAAUUUAGGAGUGGUAUUCCUGGAACAAGGCAAAAGUGCCCAGGCAAAUGUUUACUUUAAUAAAGCAUUGGAUCUAUAUCCAGAACAUGAGCAGGCUUUAUUGAAUUCAGCCAUAUUAUUACAAGAAAUGGGAGGCCAACAAGAUCGACAGUUGUCUAGAGAACGACUCCAUAAAGUUUUAGCGAAAAGUGGUGACAAUGAAAAGGUAUUUUUCAAUCUAGGAAUGCUAGCCAUGGAUGAAUCAGACUUUGAUGCAGCCGAACAAUAUUUUAAACGUGCCAUACAUAUAAAGCCAGAUUUUCGCAGUGCUCUCUUUAAUUUAGCACUCCUAUUGGCAGAUGCUAAUCGUCCAUUAGAUGCAGUACCAUUUCUUAAUCAACUUAUACGACAUCAUUCAGAUCAUAUCAAAGGACUUAUACUACUAGGCGAUAUCUACAUCAAUCACAUGAAAGAUUUAGAUGCAGCAGAAUCCUGUUAUCGCUCAAUACUCAAAUACGAACCUCAUAAUAUACAAGGAUUACACAAUUUGUGCGUGGUCUAUGUGGAACGUAAACAUUUGGCCAGAGCUCAGUUGUGUCUACGCUAUGCUUAUUACUUAGCACCAACCGAGGACUAUAUAUUGCGUCAUUUACAGAUUGUUGAACAACGUUUGCAAAAAAUUUACAAGUUACCUGAUACAUCACCUGAGAAACAACUUGCCUUGGUCGAUUUCAAUCCAAAAGAAUUUCCAUUGCCUAAAAAAACAUCAUCAACAUCAUCAUCAAGAACAACAACAACAAAAACCUCUCAAACUCAUACACAAGGAGAUUUUCCCAAACGUAAACCAUCUAAAACAACAUCAUCCUCUUCAUUACCAUCACCAAACGCCGCACCACCAGCCACAGUUCAUCAUUCAUAGCAUUCAUAUUAAAAAAAAGGAGAAAGCAGUAAAAAUUAGAUUGAAAUCUCAUGAAAUUAUCUAUAUCUUUUACAUUUAUUUCGUAUUGACUUAUUAUUCUAAUCUGUACUAUCAAAUAUGUAAAAAGGCUGUGUGUGAUAAAAUUUUCUAUUAACACAACUAAAUAAAUUAUUCAAAAUUGAUGUUAAAGCAACAACUUUGAUUUCAAAUGAAACUUAUGUAAAAAUUCUAUAAAUAUAUGACCUCUGAAUAUUAAAUAAAAAACUAAUAAACGAAUAACUUUUUCACUUUAACUUUAAGAUUAUAAUAAAAAAAAUAUAUAUAAUUAAGAUAUAUUACCUUGAAAUAAAACACGAAACAAGUUAAAUGUUUAUUAGGAAAAUAAAAAAAAAACUAUUGUAAAAAAAUUUUGUAAAAAUUAUUUUUUUUAAUAAAACAAUUCUUACACUCAAAAAAAUAUAUAAAUAUAUCUACACGAUUAAACUAAUUAUUAAAAAUAAAAAAUUUAAUAUUAUAACACCUUAAUAAAAUUAUUAAAUAAAAUGCCACAUAAUAUAGAAAAAUUUAAUAAAAAACUACAACAAUCAUAUAUUGUUCACAUAUUGUAUAUUAAUAAUGGUCCUACAAGCAAUAGAACCGAUCGAGGCAGUGUAGUUGCCGUUGUUAAUUUUGAUAAAAAUCUGAUUUAUUUAUGGCCAAUGAUCCCUUUUUAUAGAAAAUUUAAGCGUUUUUGUCGACAACUAAACGGCUGACUUCCAAAACGUCAGUUGCUUUGUUCACACAGGAAAACUUUUUGAUGUCGUAUGUGAGAGAAAGACAGGGUUAAUAUUAUUUUCUUUCUCUCACACACAAACAUCAAAAGUUUCCCUGUAUGAACCGGCAGUAAUACAACACAUUGACAAUGCAUAGUGUUUCAAAACGUCACGUGAUACACGGUUGUCAGAUCUUUUCAUAAAAUGUCUUACAAUUGUCUGAACGUACAAAAUUUCUAUUGCAACGUUGUCAGAAGAGGCUUUACUGACAAUAUUGGAUGACAAAAGUUGUAAGUUUACACUGUUAUUAGACAUUUUCUGCACUUUUUUCUGCCAACGUUGUCAGAUCUAACAACCAUGUAUACAUAGCAUUAGGUCGUGUUUACAGGGCUGUUGGCGACUUUGUGAUUGUUACUGAUGACGAUGAUGAUGAUGAUGAAGAAGCAUCAAGGUGCAACAUGCUGUGAAGUAGAUCACUCCUUGCUGGCACCUAUUAAAGUGCAUCCCUCGACAAAAUGCUUAUAGCAAAUAUCGAUAGACCCGAUCUACGUCGUGUAUUUGCUUUCCUGUCACUGGCAACGAACAACGUUGGCAACGAAAACAGACCAUGUGCCUGGUCCGGACUCUGGCAACAGAUCCAUCUGAAAAAGAGAAAAGAGAGAAAAAACAAAAAAGCAGUAAUUGAUUCUUCGAAACAAAUUUGAAUAUAAAGAUUAUUAACAUACAGAAAAUAUAAUCCCAGUCAAUUUAGCCACUUAUCACGUACAAUUACCAUAACUAUUGGCCUGGUAAGUGUGCCGAAAGCUUCUCUACUGAUUUUCCAAUCUCUUUGAAGUUGAUGCACAUCCCUUUAUGUUUUUUUUCCAAAUUGUAAUGUUUGUGGAGUUUAUGAAGAUAUUUAGUCUGUCAGCAAUGGAUAAGCCAACGAUGGAAAACUUCCAAUCUUUUUGUUACUGAUAAACUUUCUGAUGGCAGGUCAAGGGCGAAUAGAGCCCUUCUCAAAAAGUGACCUGAAAUCAGUGCUUAAAAAACUUUAGGAUCCUCUGUUAUUGGGGGUAUAGGCUUGGAGUUUAGAAUAUUUUUAAGUCAUGCUAAAAGAAUUGAACACUAUUGUAAAUUAAACCUUUCACUGUUGGAUAUUUUCCGAAUAAAUUUUCAGAAACUUUUAACACCAGCCUUGCGAAGGCCACUCGUAUGAGAAGUACUAGGUGGAAUAAACUUCCAAUCAAAACUAUGGAGGACAUAUCUUUUCAUAUAGGGAAUAUUUCGAAAAUUUUCCUAUUUUAUCUGAAAUGGCCCAGCAAAAUCUGCAACACCUGUAUAAGAGUAUGGUAAAGAUGAAUGUAACCCCUUUUGGUAAGCCGAAACUUUUUUAUUUCCAAUUAGUGGAGAACUGGCGUAACUUUUCUUAAAACACAAUUGAUCCAUAAUUUCCCUCAUUAUGAUAUCCACAUAGUCUGCUGUAAGGUUAGAAUACCAUUUCUUUCCUUUAUAGCAAGGCGUUUUAAGCUUAUCGGAACUUUUGAUUCGACCCAUUAUUAUAUUUAAAUUUUUAUUAACAACCGAUCUCACAGACCCAUAUAUGGUUUACAAUUACACAACCAAAUCAAUAAUGGAAUAGUCAGACUUUAAUUAUUUUUUUCUGUUUUUGUGGGAGUACAAACGACUGGGACUGGUCCAAAUCUAAUCCAAAUAUAUGGAAAAAAAUACUCCAUUUAGCAUUGUGAGGUGAGGACCACGUAUUUCAUCCAUGCAUUACAUCAAAGUAAUACCAAAAUACCAUGUUUUCACGACAUGGAUAAAAAAGACGUGACCUCUCGGUUACGUCCUGAAUAGUGCGCGUUACAAUGUUCAUACCUAUACACACAAAUGAAUGAACGUUAUAAGAGGAUCCAAUUGAAUAUUUGACAAUUCGGAUAGAUCGCCAAAAUAGGCUGACCCAAACGUCUGAAUUUUGGUCUCUGCCAAGGCAGGACAAUCGCAG